AUGAGGUUUUGGGGUAAGAUUGAUGUUGAGGACAUUCUUGUUGUAGAAAUGCAGUACUUGUGCUAUGUACGUGUAGCCUUAAAUAACUCUGGUUUGGAUGCCAUUAGGGUUCUAUCAUAUUUAAGCUGUAAAAAAAAACAGGGGAAGAAAACAGUACAGGUGGUGGUGAUAUUUUGUCAGACCUCCCUGCGUUCUACCUAUGCGACAGGAUUGCGUACCAAGAAACCCUCUGUCGUCCACUCCAAUCGCCAAUUCUAUAUCAACUGCUACAUCGCAGGCACUGUCGAUUUCAUCAACGGAGCCGCAGUACUCCAAGACUGCGACAUCCACGGCAGAGAGCCCAACAGUGGCCAGAAAAAGAUGGUCACGGCCCAAGGCCCAAAUCAAAACACUGGGAUUAUGAUCCAGAGAGUGUGCAGCUCAUACGCACUCUCGUACUUUCUUGUUACAACAGAAUCCACAGACAGUGCCUUCUCAUCUUCGCCUGCCCAGUUUUUCCUCCGGGUCUCAUUUGGGGUUCUUGCCGAAACAGAGACCAGCUUGUUGGACGGGGGCAGGUUAUGGUAUUGGUAUUGUAGUUCUGGAUACAAAUACAAAGCUAAAAAGUAUUUUGAGCUAAAUUGGUUGCAGGAAAUCAAAAUGAGUGGCAGAAGGGUUGAUGGAUCAAAACAUCCAUCUGUAGUUGAAAAGAUACAUGGUCAACCUAACCUCUUCACCAAGUAUUUUUCUUCUAAAUCCUUCGCAUCAGGGAUCCAAUUUCAAUGCAGUGGAAGACCAUAUUUGAAUGGAGGACAGUGGGGUCCUUUGCUGCUAGCUAGUCAAAGGACUUCAUCAGUUGUGAUUCCUCCACAAGUUUUAGUAGGACAGCCAACAGAAAAACGCAAUGUUUCUAUUAUAGCUAAAUUUUUCCCAGUAUUUUCAACUAUAGCGAACAUGACAGCAGCUGCUCCGAUUGGGAGAGUAAACUUCUUGAUCCAGAACCAGAAUGAGAUGAUUAAGUCAGGUCGGCUGUUGGAGCCUUACAAAGGAAAACUGAACUGCUUUACCAGGGUAAUCAAGAAUGAAGGUAUCAUUUCUUUGUGGAGAGGCAACGGCCUAGAUGUCAUUAGAUAUGUCUAUGGAGUGGUCGUGAAUCGUGCUUUUGAGAGCCAUUUAAAGAGUAUUCGCAGAUUUUAUAAGAUAGACAAAGAUGGUUUCUGGAAAUGGUUUGCAAGUGUCUCUUUGGCAGGGGCUCUUGCCAGUGCUACAUAUAGUUUUUUUACACAUCCAUUGUAUUAUGCCCAGACACGCCUGACCAAUGAUAUCAAGCCUUCCAGAGAGAGCAAAAGGCAGUUCAAUGGUCUAGUUGAUGUCUGCAAGAAAACCAUCAGAUCGGAUGGCAUUGCUGGACUUUACCGUGGGUAUAAUGUUUCAGUUCUUGAAAAAAUUUUGCAUAGCUGGGCCUUUAUUGGGAUUACUAAGGCCACGAACGCAGGGCUGUUUCUUGGAUUGCUUGGGUUGCAGAACGAUUGGGCUGCGAACCGUUUCCUACUUGAAGGGACUAUUCUUGCUGCUAGCUUGGCUACUUACCCAAUGAGUACUCUCUGCAGAAGGAUGAUGAUGACCUGCGGUGAAGGUGUCAAGUACAAGAGUUCACUGGAUGCAUACUCUCAAAUCCUGAAAAAGGAGGGGUUUGCAUCCCUCUAUAAGGGUGUAGAUGCAUAUAUUCUUCUAUGUACUGUCAGAUUUGGUCUUAUGGUGGUCACUUACUGUGUGUUAAAAUGGCUUGCUUCCUCGAAGAAGGAUCGAUCUGGUGGUGGCGAUCAAUCUUCUUCAAUAAUGAUUGACAUAAAAUGGAAAACCAGUACAGGGUGAUUCCUUGAAUCUGGAGCUUAGCUUAUCCAUCCUAUGAUGGACUUA